UCCUGGGGGUGCACCAAGGGCAUCCAACAGGCACACGAACCCUGGGGCACCCUCCCCAAAUCGGCCUCGCCCUCCCGAGGUUUUGGCUCAAGGGGGCGGGGGGCUUCCUGGUGCCCUGUAACUUACAGGCCUUUUUUGUUCGGCCCGCCCGCCUCGGCGGCAGCGCGCAGCCACGGGCGCCGCGCGUGAGCCUUGCUCGCGGCUAUGGCGGGCACGAAGGGCGGAUGUCGUCGGCCGAGGGACGCCACGCUGCAGAGGCUCGUCGGCCGCGGUAUCUCCGCCGUGGAGCUCUGCCUCUUCGCGGCGGGCCUCUACUGCCUGCUCUGCGCCGUUCCGCCACAGGCGUGGGACCGGGGCCUGGGCGACGCCACGGCGGGCGCGGAGGAGCUCGGGCUCGGCUGGGUACGACACGAGCUUUGGAGUACACGGCGCAUGACGGACGAGACCGACGCGGACAACGGCACGGACGCGGGUGACGACAAUUCCACCAAUGCGACCACGACGCUCGACGCGAUGGCCGCGACGGGCGGGAAGAAGAACUCGAAGGACGACGACGCGGCGAUCUUAGGGGCCAUGUUCCUGUACUGGGUCGUGAUGGCGUCAGCGUAUCUGACCGCCUUCACCAUUCAAGCACCUCUUCCCCGAAAUCGUCACGUUCUACACGACGAAUAUGGCGGGGAAGAACCGCGUGCCAGUCAGUGUCCCUCCGUCAAUUUUCGGAUGGGUGAAGCCGACUGCCUCGAUUUCGAGACUGAAGGAUUUGUGGAAGAUCAUCGGGCUUGAUCAGACGAUGGCGCUCCAGUUCCCAGAUCUUUGCUUGAAGAUAUGUCUGUACGUCGCAGCUCCUAUGAUUUUCAUCACGGUGCCAGUCAACUACUUUGUUGAUGAAGGAAGUGAUGACCUCGAUUUCUUGAGCCAGUUGGGCACAGCUAACCUUGGUCAGAGCGACAGUUACCUCUGGUGGGCGCAUGCCGGAAUCGUGUGGAUUGUAGUGGCCAUCGUGUGCAGGCUCAUCUCGGACGCAGAGGUGGCUUUCGUGGAAAAGCGCUUCGCGUGGAUGAAGGCGCUGCCCGAGCCCAGGGCCACCACCCUGAUGGUCGAGAACAUCCCGGCAGAGUACCAGUCGGACGCCAAGCUCCUCGAGAUCUUUGCAGAGACGCUGUCGGAGGACGAAGUCAAGAGCGCCCACACCGUGAAGGUGGUGCGCACCCUGAAGAAGCUGGUUGCCAAGAGCGACGGCCUGGCGAACAAGAGGAAGAAGGCAACCUUCAAGAACAAGCAGGAGGAGGGAGGUGAGCGGGAGCUCGUCAUGGAGACGCGCACAGGGGAGUCGCGCGAUGCCGAGACGUACUUUGGAGAGGAGGAGCGGAAGCUCGACGAGCAGAUCCAGGCGGAGCGCCAGAAGGUCCUGCGGGAGGCCGAGCGAGUUGGCGGCGUCAACACGUCGACGGGCUUCGUGACCUUCCGGUCCCAGAGCAGCGUCGCGGCAGCGUACUCGGCGAGGGUGACGAAGCGCACGGACGAGUUUGUCAUGUCGUUCCCGCCGGACCCAGAGCACGUCCACUACGACAACCUGUGUAAGGACCCCGACAGGCAGGAGUUCUACACGUUCCUGGGCUACGGUGCCAUCUUCUUCAUCUUUUUCUUUUUCCUUUUCGUCAUCACCAGUAUUGUCACGUUUUCGGGGUGGCUGCAGACCCUCGAUGAGCUCGCGUGGGCUAAAGGUAUCCUGCAGGCAGUAGCAGGGCCCCUAGUUUACCAAACGGUCGUCGGCUUCUUGCCCACAAUUUUCAGGUUGAUCUUCGAAACUUUCUGGGUAUGCCCAAGCGAGCCGUACGUACAGGGCUUAUUGUACAGAUGGUAUUUCUGGUUCUUAUAUGUGUUCGUCUUGUUCAUGUCGGUGAUUGGCAGCAAUCCGAUCUUGACGGCGCAGGCUCUCGCGAAGGCACCAGAAUCGAUCCCCACUGUAAUCGCCGACAAGCUGCCAAACGUCAGUAACUUCUACGUCUCGCUCAUCAUCCUGCAGGUGUCAACCCACCUUCUGAACAUGGUUCGCCACGUGCCGCUCAUGAAGUACCUUGGUUUCCGCGCAGUGUACGGCAAGAAAGACGGCAAGAAGAUGGCUGAGCCCGAGGACCAAGCAUGGUGGCGGACUACGGGGUCGGCUCUCGUAGCGCACGCUGGAUCAACACAAUGAUGAUCGGCAUCGUGUAUUGCCAGAUUCAGCCAAUACUGCUCGUCUACGCUGCGGUUCACUUCCUCGUCUGCAAGUUCGUGUACGGGCAUCUCAUCGUAUUCGCAGAAACCCGCAAGUCCGAUAUCGGCGGUGGUAUCUUUCAAGAUCAGCUCUACCACUUGCACCUCGGCUUGGCCACGUACAUCGUCCUGAUGACUGGGUAUCUGAUGAACAGGAGCGUCACACGUUACAUCGCUGAUGUCCCAAUCAGUCCGGCUAUUAUAAGUUUUCUGAGUUUAUUUUAUUUGGUGCGCAGCGCGCGCAAAAUGAGCAACGUCGAUUGCGAAGUGUUGCCCAGGAGAGAAGUACCAAAGGAAGCCCAGCUUCGAAACCGCGAUGAUACGGUGAGCUACAUCCAGCCCGAGCUGCUGGACGUGCGGAUGAAGCGUACAGAUGACGACGGUGAUUGGGCUUCGGCGUCUGAAGACUCUGAUGAGGAUGGUGAGGAUGACGAUACUGGUGGCGAUUCCCCCUGAUAUGUGUCUGACGCAGCUGGGGUAGCCCGAAGCCGUACCCUUGCUUGUAUGAUUAUGGUUAUAGUCAGAGGUGGAUUCACCCCGUGCCAAUGCCUUCACGUUUAUUUUGAAGUUCUUGUCGGGCUCUAGGGUCCCUUUGGGUUCGGUAGUAUGUAAUUGUUUAUGCGCGUUGCCCUUGAAUUUCGCCGCGUCAGCCACGUGCUCGGCCUUGCUGUGUUCCACCAGGAGGGCUGAAUGAACGUGUCGAUCAGAGGCAGACGCCUUUGGCGGCAGGAAUUCAAGCAUAUUCGCUCCUCUGCUACCUCGGCAAAGCCCGAUCGAGUUCCAGGGCUGACGGGGUAGGCAGAUUUCCUUGUUGCCACAGGUCGGCUAUCCAUUUUGACCACUAAGUUGGCGUUGCUGCCGCACCGAGGCUAAAGCAACAUGCGCACUGGUGCUGGAGGAGACCAGGUGACCACCUCCGCCUCCCCCACGAAGGACAACAGCCACCCGAAAACCUCCACUCGAUCCUCGAUCCGUUCGCAAGGGAGCUGGAGCGACACCGCCAGCUUCAGCUCGGCAAGUUCGUUUGAUCGCUUCGCCAGAGCGUCUAGGCAAGGCCUUGGGGUAGGCAUAGCGUCCUCAUCGACAGUGUUACUCAUUCUUCGAUUCUCUUGAGGGUGGCCCGCCAGAUGCCCCCAUGGGCGCCAUCCCCGCUCGACGAUGGGCCUGCGGUUUUCCCCUCGGGGCGGCCCCAACCCAGCCUGGCCUGCGCCCGCGGGAGCGCGAGCACGGGGG